CACUCUCUUACUAUUUCAUAUUUUUACUGCCAAAAUAUCUAUCUCCCUAUUGUCACUUUAUCUCAUAUGAUAAUUCAAGAUACUCCUUGAUGGGAAUUUUUUUACAUUCACUGAAGCCACUGAAAUUAACAAUUGAAACAAACAUGAAACGCCCUUUUAUCUAGCAUCAGGCUGCAUGCAUUUUGGUGUAUUUAAAAUACCGAAAGCAAGAUGAAACAGACAGUUGAUUAAAUUUAUUUUGAAAUAGGCAUAUGUUGUAUUUAUUGAUUUUGAAUUUCAUAACUCGGAAUAUUUCAAUUAAGGAAAAUUGUACAAAUAGCAAAGUUGACGUCUCUAAGUUAUGCUGUAAAACGUAGGGUAAUGUUAAUAAUUGAAUGAACGUUAUAUUAACCAUGGUAAGAAAAACAGCAAGUAUGUGGUAAGUUAAUGAGUUUUGAAAUUAUAAAAAGACUAAAAAUCAUAUUACUCCAAUUAACAUGCCCAAAAAUAUGCUUUUGACUCGCUCAUUAGUUUAAUUUGUAUUUUGUACAAUUUGUACUUUUACUUUUUAUUAAUAUUGCGAUUAGUAAUAGUAUAUUAGUAGUUUUUCUUGUAGUUGUACUGUUGUAGCACGUAUUCUCUCUACUAAAUUCUAGUCUUAGGGCCAAGUAAUACUAAUAGUAAUAGGCCUAACAUUUGUGUGAUGCAUGGAACAUUUCCCCUACGAUGAGUCAGCGUGCAGGACUGUGACACACCGGUCUUAGCAUGGAAGAAGGAAAAAAAAGCUGAACGUGCUGUGCUCCCAAGUAAUAGUGAUAAUGUAUACUGUUACAGUCGGCUACCUCCAGUUUCACCAAGUUUUAUACAGACAAAGAACGUGUUUCCUGUAUUAUUACUGACUGUUCCUGAGUGUGUAUACAGACUUCUUAUGAAUGCAGUUUUGGUGGCAGUAUAAUAGAAAUGCCUAAUGAAGGAUAUGGAAAAGCAAAAAGUUAAGCAGAACGAAGUCGCUGAAUUAUUGGAAUUUUCAUAUUCAUGCAUAAGAAUUUUUGGCUUUCUGUUAGAGUUAAUAUACAAGAAAUUUAUUUUGAUGAAAAGCCAAGCAGAUGAGUUGUCUGCCAUCAAGUCAUGGAAAGCUGAACAUAGAUCAGAAAAGAUUAUAAGCUGCAUGUCUAAACAGGAAGUCACCUUAACAUGUCUCUCAUGAACAAACGAUUAGACAUAACUCGGUUAUUGGAAAAAAAUAUCACUGUAGAACUUCAGGAGCAGUCCUUUGCUUUGGGUAACUCACCCAUGUCUUUGUCUCCAUGGCAACCAUCUCAUCUUGAACAGCAACUAUCAGAAAGUAUUACUAGUCCCCUGAUUGCUCUUUUACAGGGAACAGUAUUCUCUGUUGAUGAAGUGGAAAUGCUUCUUCACUUAGCAGACCUUACUGCUGUAGAAGAAAUGAACCAUGAGCUGUUUGGUGGAUCAAAUGAGUCACUUGCUGAGCCUCUGACCAUGGAUAUAAACAAUGUCACUGAUGAUAGCUACUCUGAUAGUGACCAAGAGUCAGACCUUAGUCAGUCAUCUAAUGAGGCUAAUGCUGGUAGCCGAGGAAGUAGUCCUCUUAAAGGAGCAGGAGAGUCCCUUAGUUACAGCAACCAGUCCAGUUUAGUGUUGUCUGAUGAAGGAGAUGAAAUGUAUGGUGAGGAGGCAAUGGCUGAAAGUGUUUUAUCACCUGUGGUGGAUAUAAAUGAUGUAAUUGGCCCUGAAGUCACAGUUAGUAACGAACUCAAUCUGAGAAGAAAAACUUGGAAAAUUGAAAUUGAUUCAAAUCAAGAUUCUGUAACAGAGAUGGUUGAUAGUGAAUAUAAAUAUAAUGAUCAUAGUUGGCAGAUUAUUAUAGAUUCAUGUCAGGAACAUGAACGAAAGACACUUGAUAAACUUGGUAAAGAUAGUUUGCAAACACUGAUAAUAUCAAGUCCAGAUUCUGUGAUAACUAAAACUGAUAUUGAAUACAAAAUUUCUGAAAGUAAUCUGCUGACCUUGACUGACUCGUGCAAAAAUCUCACAAAAGAUAUCAAAGUUAAUAAAAUAAAUCUAUUUGAAGAAACUCUACAGGAAUGGAUUGAUGCAACUCAAGAUUCUGUGAAAGUUGUACCAGGUGAUUGCUCAAAAUCUAGUGAAAUCUCCAGUGCUUCCUUUUCCAGCCUUAAAGUUAGUAGAAUAGAGACUUCUGAUGGUAGAAGAAAACCAAAUGAUAGUGUUGAGGGUCAACCAGACUGUUCUGAUUAUAAACCAGUAUAUUCAGAAAGUUCCUAUAAUGCUGAUCAACAUUAUAGGAAACCACCAAACAUAUUGAUAUAUACUGGAGAAAAUAGUUCCACAAAUUAUGCAAAGUUUAAUUGCAUUAAGGAAAGUUUGUUGUUCUGUCUUCAACCUGAUCACUAUGCAAUAUAUAUGUUAACACUGGAAGAAGUAACAACAGUGCCAUGGAAUGACAAUACAGUUCUUCUAAUUGUUUCCUGUGGUAAAGUUCCUGAAGUUGCCAGUCAGAUCUUGAGUGAUUUUGUAUUAAAAGGUGGAAACAUCUUAAACUUUUGCUCAGAACUUAAACUUCCCACACUAAGUAUUAAUGUUGUUAUCACUUCUGCGGAAAAGAAGAUAAUCCUACUGACUUACAAGGAUUCAAAGGUCAAGCUAAUGGAAAGGAAACUAAAAUGUGAUACAUCAGAUGAACAGGUGGUUAUUUUUCCUUUACUGUUUCAAGAACCUGUUAUUUGUGAGCUGCGAAGUCCAACAACUCCUGGAGUUAUUAUUCUAAGCCAGGUGCAUCUAGAACUUGAUGCACUGAUGCUCUCUUUGGAUGAACAUGAGUUCCAAGAAUUAAAACAGAGCAACAGAGACAGGCUGCUCAUUUUCCAGGAUCUUCUAUCUUCAUGUCUUGGCAUGUUAUGUGGAUCUAGUCAUCACCAUAGCCUAACACCUGGCUUUGUUUUAACAGUUUCAACUGCAAUGCUUCAGAGACUUCUUCUUUCCACAAAGAAGUUUCCACAAGGAAAGGUUUCUUGUAAAGAUGCUACUCUACACUUUGUUGACAGGUUGCCUGAGCAUUGGACUACAUCAGUGUUAGAUGAUGAUAUUCCUGUAGUAUAUAAUGUUCAUGGUAUGAAAGAUGGCUUAACCUUUGACCUUGAAAAGUAUAAAUCACAUCUACAAACCAAAGAAUUAGGCCAGAUUAUCCUGUAUUUUGAUACUGUUUCCACAACAAUGAAUAUACUAGAAAGGUUCACGGAUGUAGGUGGGCUAGUAGCUAUAACAAGGUGCCAAACAAAAGGAAGAGGUAGAGGUGGAAAUCAGUGGUUGAGUCCUAAUGGAUGUGCAAUGUUUACAUUACAUGUCAGCUUUUCUGUCAAGUCAUUCUUAGGUCAGAGUCUUCCAUUUCUUCAGCAUUUGACUGCUCUAGCUGUGAUACAAGCAGUUUGUCAUCGUUCUGGAUAUGAGGAUAUAAACCUCAAGAUUAAAUGGCCAAAUGACAUUUACUGUGGAAGCCAUGCCAAAAUAGGUGGAGUGCUUGUCAAUUCAUCAGUAUGUGGAAAAACAGUCAAUUGUUUCAUAGGUUGUGGAAUCAAUAUUAGUAACAGCAAUCCAACUAUGUGUGUCAAUGAUCUUAUCAAGUUUCAUAAUCAGGCUACUGGCUCAGAACUUGAACAACUGACAACUGAAGAAUUUAUAGCUCAGACUUUGACAAGACUUGAGGCUCUAAUCUCUUCUUUCCAAACCCAUGGGGCUUCUAGGAUCUUACCUCUGUAUUACUCUUACUGGUUACAUAAUGAGCAAGAAGUUUGGUUGGAGGAACUGCAGGAGAAGGCAUCUAUUCAGGGCUUGGACAAGUUUGGGUUUCUUGAAGUAAAUACUUCAUCUGGAAUUGUUUCACUUCAGUCAGAUGGCAACAGUUUUGACAUGAUGAAGAAUCUAAUCAGACAGAAGAAAUAAGGGUAUACAAUUUCAAAGGCAUAAUGACCAGUUGAAUGUACUCCAAAGCAGAUUAAUCCCACACACAAUUCUAUGUAAAGUAACUGGUUGGCUUUUUAAUAUGUCAACAUUGAAAAAAAUCUCAUUGAAUUGAAAUUAAGAUCAGAAACAAUAAGAUUUCUAGCAAUUUGCUGUGAGAAGUUUAAGUUAAACUUUAAUUUGUUUAUAAAACUAGUGUUGUUGUUUUUUUUUUUUAAUGAGCAAAUAAAGUUUCCUGGAAACUACCAAUUAAAAUUCACUGUAUUUUUAUGUUGUUUUUUGCAGGUGAGUUGACACUUAUGAAGGUUAAACUUAUCAUGACUUGAAAAUGCAUUUUGUUAUCUCACGCUUACGUAACAUGAGAACAUUACUUGAGUAGCAUUUUAGUUUACUGAUAAUACUUUAUUUUUAAGUUAUAUCAGUCCAUUGUCAUUGUACUGGAUUACAAUAACUGGCUUACCAGUUUUUGUUCCCCUUUUUAUAUAAAUAUUCAAUGUUUAUCCUAUGGUUGUGUGUAUGAAUAUUGUGCUUUUUGUAUAUCUAAAUUAUAAAAAGUUUAUGCCUAGUAAACUAAUAAAGAAUAGUUUAUGGUGCUUUUACAAAAAAAAUGUAAUAAUUGUCUUUAAAACUGUAAAAUAUUCUCUAUCUGUACUGGUUUUGGUACUUAUAUAAGAAAUAUCACUUGUUCAUUUUUAACCACUUUUUUUUUUUUACAAGAUAAACAGGUAUUGUUUUAUAGCCUCUUUUCUAGUUGAUGUUGUUUUUGUGUGAAUAGUAGGCUAUCAAACUUAUACUUGUACCACUUUUUUAACUACUGAUAUACAUUUAUAUAUUUCUUUAAAAAAUAACAUUUUGGGAAUGGUGCUUUUUUUUAUGACUGGUAGUAUUUUAUGUGUUUUUCACACUAAAGUUGCUGAUUUCCUGAACAACUAGCAUGAAAUCUUACAAUGGUGACCAGAAUCAGUUAAUGUUGCUAAAUAUUGAAUGAACUGUCUUUCUUUUGAAAAUUAAAAUAUAUUAUAAGUAAAAUGUAAUUAGGAUUUUAUAUUCAUAUAAAAAUAGUUAUAUCUUAACUAUUAAUUAUACUAUUGUUAAUAAACGCACAAAUAAAGAUUAUUAAAUAUAACUUGUGGUGACAAAGUUUAUAAUGAUAUAGAAGUGUGUAAACACAUUCUUUAAAUUGUACAUUUACAGAGUUUGAUUACGUUUCAUUAAAAUGAUUUUGGAGCCUCACCAUGUCAUUAUUAUCCAUGCCCUCACAUCUGAGCAUGCUCUAUCUGACAACCAUGCAUUUUGACAGUAUCUCUGCAGUGUAGUUUCCAUUGCAAAAGGCUCUUCAUGGAAAGACUGUAAUGUUCGAAGCAUACUAUUCCUUCCUAAAAACUUUCCAUGAUCCAUCUAGUUUAGGAGGACAAUAGUUUCCCUGGAAAUGUUUUAACAGUCUAAUUGCACAGAAAUCCAUAAGUGCUGCAACUGUGAUUUGACCAGUAUGUCUUCAUACAGAAUAGCAUGAAUAUCUUUUUCAUUCUCCAGUUGUUUGAAGUAUACAAUGGUUGAACAGGAGAUAUGACUACAAAUCUUAUCUUGGUUAUCCCAUACCCUGUUGACCUCAUUUCCAAAUGGAGAUUCUUUUUUAUUAUGUUGCAUACUAUUGCCUGGGGCAUGUGGACAGCUUUUGCCAUUGAUCUUUGUCUUUGUGGAUUCUCACCUGUUAUAAGAUGCUGCACUUUGCAUACCAUGGCUGGGAUACACUUGUUGCAGGUCUCUUUGGAAUGUUCUUGAUGCAUCAAAUUGAUCCAUGUUCUUUGUUUUCUACUACCAUUAAGAACAAGGGAGAUCUCCAUCUUGGAAAUUCUAAAUCUCUAAUCUGAGCACACAAUUAUGAGUCGAGUGUAUGAAUAUUUUGAAUUGGAAAUGGCUGUUACAUUCUCUUCCAAAAUUCAACAGUUUUGGGUGUCAUCACCCUACCUAUAAAAUUACAAAUAAUGUUAAAACGUAGUUAUUAUACAGUCUAAUAAUGGUUGGAGAUGGCUUGAAUGGGUAAUGAAGAAAAUCUUUAAUAUAAGUUUAACAUAACAGCAAAUGUACAACAUUUUGACAAGGUUUCAUCAUCAUUUGAUCGAGAUUUGCAGUUCAAAAGGGUUCUUUAAUAUAAAUAAUAUUGAUUAACAAAAACAAAGAUAUCACCAACAUACUUGAUGUUGUUGCCCCUAUGACGAUGCUGAGGUUUGUUGCAGCCAUUGAUCUUUGUCUUUGUGGAUUCUCACCUGUUAUAAGAUGCUGCACUUUGCAUACCAUGGCUGGGAUACACUUGUUGCAGGUCUCUGGAAUGUUCUUGAUGCAUCAAGUUGAUCCAUGUUCUUUGUUUUCUAAUACCAUUAAGUACAAGGGAGAUCUCCAUCUUGGAAAUUCUAAAUCUCUAAUCUGAGCACACAAUUAUCAGCCGAGUGUAUGAAUAUUUUGGAUUGAAAAUGGCUGUUACAUUCUCUUCCAAAAUUGAACAGUUUUGGGUGUCAUCACACUACCUAUAAAAUUACAAAUAAUGUUAAAACACAGUUCUUAUACAAUCUGUUCCACCACAACUUUAUAUCAGCUGUUGUUGUGAAUGACUUACUGAUUUGCAUAUUCAAAAUAAUUUUAAUAUAAUAUUUUCAACUUUCUGUCAAUUUAUCAACAGUAAUUUAUGUUUAGUCUUCAUCUCUGAAUACGGAAUUAUCUGUGUAUAGUUAAACUAUUUGCAAAUGAAAGAGCAGCAAUUCAAAGUUCUCUUCUGUAUUCAUAGUAGGCUACUGCUAUUCCACCUCUUUUCUGUAGAUUAUUGUGUUGAAUGACAAAAUCAUGAAAAUAAUAAGUUUUUACAUUAUUAGUAGUAACUAAUAAAAUCAAACCUUUUUAUUUGAGUAGUACAAAAAUACCUUAAUAACUGAUUCUUCAUAAAAAUGAAGCUAAAGUAUGGUUUAACUGAUUUGGCAAAUGCAAUUCUUUCAGUUUUACAUAUUAAGAAAGUACACUAACUACUCAAAAAUUUACAGAAUGCACCUAGUAAGGGUUUGAACCACAUAAGCCUUCAAUAACAGUAGCUACAAGAAGUGGCAUCAAUUCCACAAAAUUGCAGUAAACGUCUGGCAAUAUUUUGCACUAUUCCUGCAGAAAGUUGAGAUGUAGUGUCAUUAAAGAGUAUGGAAGAUGAGAAUAGCCCUGAUGGGGUCACAAUGAUGCUCAGUUGAGUUGAAAUCUGGAAACUGUGGUGGUCAGAGAAGAUGCGUGCAGGCGAUGUUAUGUUUCCAAAUCUGCAUAGUGUGGAUCUGAUGGAUGGUGACAUUGUCAUUUCUAAAAGAGCCUAUCAGUGUCUGAAUACAUUAACAGCCUUGUUGGGUGCAGUUGUUCAGCCAAGAUCCCUAGAUAGUUCCUGGGUCUAAUCCAUGCCAGCUGAGCAAUCCCCUGACUUUCACACCACAUCCGGUGGUCUGAACUGUUGAUAUGAUGUAUUGGAUGUUAUUCCUGGCAUAUUAUUCUCAUGAAUAUGCUAUGUUCAUGUCCAGUGCUGACCAUUUACAUGCUUUUUGUGAUUGUUGCAUGCCUGUGGUUUUCAAAAGUAUGUCCCAUUAGUCAGUGAUCCAUAUAGUAGGUGGUUCUUUUGAGGUGCUUACCAGUUGAUGUUUUCCCAUUCCAGGUAUACCUGGGAGCUUGUUUUGACAGACAUCUUUGUCCACUUUAUCACUUCCAUGAACAAUAAACCUGAAUCAUGAACUCCCGACAUUAUACCCCUUGCGAAGUAAUUGAGAUCCUUAUGCUUACCCAUGUUAUGCAAUAAAUAAUGUUUAUCUCUACAGCUAUUGUUCAUAUAUAUCUAAUCGAUCAGAUGGCACAUUAAAAGACCUGUCUAUAUGGCUGGAUAUAAUUGUAUUGUUUUUUUUUAUUAGUUUGUUAUGAUUAGGUAAAAUGUAUAGUUUAAAAAAACUAUUAUAAUAUUUUUCAAAUAUAACAGUAAUGUGAACUGUUGUAAUUUUAUAGACUUCUUUAGCUUAGUUUAGCUAGUUCGUAAUACUAAUUUAGCAAAGAACAGCUUCAAAACUUCUGAAACAUGCUUUAAAUUGCCACUUAAUGUGAUAAGUAUCACUGUUAACAUUGAACGUGUGUAUGUAUGUAUAAUUAUUAACAAAACUGUUGUAAAGUGGAAAGAAGGAAUGUAAGUGUAAUUGACAUUAAGUUUACAACUACAAAAAAAAUCAUUAUUUUGUCCAUAAGAGAUGGAUAGUGACAAAUCAGUUUAUAUAACAGAGCCUUCAGAUUAAUAAACAAGCAAGUGAAGCAUAACACUGUGAACCAUUAAAUUAGCAUUCUUGUUUAUCCAAGUAAUUUUUAACUACUUUGUUUUAAUUUACAAAACUUGACUUUUCUGGAGUUUAUAUUAAUAUUCAAAUAAUAGUACCUGUUUAAUGUAACACAAAAUAAUUGAGAUCACACAUGUCACAUUAAGGUUUAUAAUAAUUAUUUACUUUGGAAUACAACUAAUAAAGUGUAUUUAAAAUGCUAGUAAUACUCUAUUUUUACUGGGGAAAGUUAAUAUAAGAAUUAUUAUCAUCAAUCAUAUGUGAUAAAUUGUGACACGUGUUACCCAUUAACAGAUCAUGCUUUGCCAUUUUAGGCUGCAUACACAGAAGUUCAGAAACGAAAGUUUUUUCCCAAAACUAAAACAGCAGUUUAAUUUUAAGAUGAUACUAAUAUCCAGCAUUGGAGUUGAAAAAUAAGUAUUCUGUU